UUCACAACAAGGGGCAAGUUUUCACAGCGCGGCAACACUUCCCAUGGACUUCUGAACUUCCCAUGGACUAAACUUUUGGACGCUUUGACGCAAGGUGCUUUCCCAUCAUCAGACAUGGAGGGAGGAGAGGCCGACUCUCUUGACCUGAGCCACCUCACAGACGAGGAGCAGGCCUCCAUCCUGGAAGUUUUGAUCCGUGACUCUGAGUUGCGUCGCCUCGAUGAGGGCCGUGUAAGGACAUUACAGCAGAAGGAAACGGACCCGAUCCGUCUGCGUUCUCUGUCGGGAACUUGGUUCAGCGAGGAGCGCAGUAAGCACCAUCGUGACUGGAAGCAGGGCUGUGACCUUGUCCGUGCCUCCAUACGCCGCCGGAGGACAAAGGCCAAAGAUGUGCCUCUGGCAGGACUGUUCAAUGGAGGUGCAGAGCAAAUGCCAUCUCCAAGCCCCCGCAGCAGCCCCUUGCCUGGGGUUGAGGGAAGACUGGAGGACACCAAGGCAAAGAGAGAGGAAAAAAGAGGUUUUCAGGAACAUAUUGCACCAAUGCCCACACCCAGAACAAAGAGCCCAACAACGCAGCAUCAGCAGAACAGCGCUGACUGCUCCUCAGCCGCAGCGCACACCAGCGAGUGUAAUGGCCUCCAAGAGGAAACAGAGGAAGACUCUGACGGUCGUGGUGGAGACACUGAUUCAGUGUCCAGUGGUGAGACAGAGCUGGAUCGAGCUCAUCUCAAAACAGCCAGCUCUGUCAGCCUUCAGUCCAGCUACAAGCUCAGCGGAAGCAUGAUGAGCCUGUUCAGCUCCGGGGAGUUUGGCGUGGUGGAGGUAAAAGGCCGUGUCCAGUUCUCAUUGGUAUAUGAAACGGAGAAGGAGGAACUACAUGUGCGGGUGUACCGCUGUGAGGGCCUUGCUGCAGCACGCAAGAACCGCUCUGACCCGUAUGUAAAAACCUAUCUCUUGCCCGAUAAGUCGGCUCACAGUAAGAAGAAAACAUCAGUGAAGAGGAGGACGUUAAACCCGGUCUACGACCAGACGCUUCGAUAUAAGAUGCGACAGGGGGAGAUUCAGGGCCGGACUUUGAACCUGUCUGUGUGGCACGCCAAGCCCCUAGGGAAGAAUGUGUUCCUGGGGGAGGUGGAGGUGGGCCUCGGCCUCUGGGACUGGACCGCCACACAUCCCGUAUGGCAGGACCUGCAGCCCCGGGUUCAGCUUACUCCAGACUCCAUUAGUAGUCGUGGGACCAUCUUGCUCUCUGUUAAAUUCGUCCCAGAGGGAUCUGAGGGUAGUGGACUGCCUCUUACUGGAGAGCUUCAUAUCUGGCUGCGGGAGGCACAAGGUCUCCUUUCCAACAAAGGCGGUGCCGUGGACUCCUUUGUCAGAAGCUACAUCCUCCCAGACACCAGCCGGCAGAGUGGUCAGAAGACACGGGUGGUAAAGCGCUCCAUCAGCCCCACGUACAACCACACCAUGGUGUACGAUGGCUUCCAGACCGCUGACCUGAAUGAGGCCUGUGCUGAGAUGACCGUCUGGCAGAGAGAUGGCCUGAAGACACAGCCCCUGGGUGGGAUACGCCUCAGCCCUGGAAUAGGCCAGAGCUACGGUGAAGCUGUCCCCUGGAUGGACUCCACAGAAGAGGAGGUCGCCGUGUGGACCUCCAUGAUCCAAAACCCAAAUAACUGGAUAGACACCACACUGCCAAUAAGAACUAAUCUAAGACACCGGACCUAGUUACUGUUAAACACACACAACACACAUCACACACACAAUACACACACACACACGUACAAAUCCAUUGAAUGGACUACUGAAAAGAUGCCCACAGUCCGUCUGCAAAGCUAACUUGCUCCUUCUCUCUCUCUCUCGCUCACAUGAACAUUAGUCAUGAAGCAGUGCACUACAGUGGCAUAUAUCAGAAAGGGAAAAUCUAGUUUUAAAACCGGUCUGCAACUCCAUUUUGGAGGUCUUGCCCGCAAAAUUGUGGUGUUGUCUUAUUUUUCUGCCUGCCAGAAGUGUGUUUUUUUUAAAUCCUGAUGUACAUUAGUGAUUAAAUAUACAUAUAAAACCUGGA